UCUUCUUCAAUUCAACCUGGUAGAACAGGACCCAAACCUACAUAACCCUCCGACUAAAGUCUCAAAAACCCAGUCGCGACAUCAAUGGCCGCUUGUCUCCAACUCAACGCUAAACCCUUCACGCCGCUUGUCUCUCCUCACCCAUACUCCAAACACUCCUUCAAGCCUACUAGUAGGGUCAGCUGCUCCGCCGCCGCCGCCACACCCUCAAAACGCUACUCCAUCACCCUUCUUCCCGGCGAUGGCAUUGGCCCCGAAGUCAUCUCCGUCGCCAAAAGCGUCCUCAACCUCGCUGCCUCCAUUGAAGGGAUCGAGUUUAAAUACCAUGAAAUGCCUGUGGGUGGGAAUGCCUUGGAUUUGACUGGAGUGCCCUUGCCUGAAGAGACCCUUUCGGCAGCUCAGAAAUCCGAUGCAGUUCUGCUUGGAGCAAUUGGGGGGUAUAAAUGGGAUAAAAACGAGAAGCAUUUAAAACCAGAAACUGGGUUGCUUAAGCUUCGGGAAGGUCUUAAAGUGUUUGCAAAUUUAAGGCCAGCAGUUGUUUUACCGCAGUUGGUCGAUGCCUCUACUUUGAAGAGAGAGGUUGCCGAAGGCGUUGACCUUAUGGUUGUAAGAGAGCUCACUGGUGGCAUCUACUUUGGACACCCAAGGGGUUUUGGCACUAAUGAAGAGGGUGAGGAGUUUGGUUUUAAUACCGAGGUGUAUGCAGCAUAUGAGGUUGAUCGGAUUGCUAGAGUUGCAUUUGAGACUGCUAGGAAGCGGAAAGGAAAGCUCUGCAGUGUUGACAAAGCAAAUGUAUUGGAGGCAUCAAUGUUUUGGAGAAAAAGAAUAACGGAAAUAGCUUUGGAAUAUCCUGAUGUGGAACUCUCACACAUGUAUGUUGACAAUGCCGCGAUGCAACUUGUUCGGAAUCCAAAACAGUUUGAUACAAUUGUGACCAACAACAUUUUUGGCGACAUACUAUCCGAUGAGGCCUCAAUGAUCACUGGAAGUAUUGGGAUGCUUCCAUCUGCUAGUCUAGGAGAUUCUGGUCCUGGACUUUUUGAACCGAUACAUGGUUCUGCUCCAGAUAUUGCUGGGCAGGAUAAGGCAAACCCAUUAGCUACAGUUCUCAGUGUUGCUAUGCUUCUCAAGUACGGGUUAGGAGAAGAAAGUGCUGCUAAAAGAAUUGAGGCAGCAGUACUAGAUACCUUGAACCAGGGUUUUCGCACGGUUGAUAUAUAUUCAACUGGAACGAAGUUGGUAGGAUGCAAACAAAUGGGCGAAGAGGUACUCAAGUCGAUUGAUUCCCUAAUUCCUUCUGCAGUAUGAAGUUAGCCCGAACCUAAAAUGAUUUGAGGGAGUAAGCAGAGCUAUUUUGAUAUAAACUGAAAAGCAGUCUUUUCCGAUGAGAGUUAUUCUUCCCUUCUUUUUCUUCAAGUCUUUGUAGCGUGAAAAUGUUGAUAAUUACAUGGAAUAGAACACUGUAUUUUGUUUAUAAACUUCCAUGAUCACUGGCCUUUGAAUUGAUAAGGUCAAUGCAGCUUGUCUAUCAACA